CAUGGAAAUCACGUUGUUUUAACUUUGGUGCUUUAAAGAUUACCGGUGGUUUUUGAGUUUUGUGUAACUGUAUUUAAAUAUCCCAUUAAUUUAAAAUAAUUUAAUAAAAAUGUACAACUUUCUAUUACGUCGCUCCCCUGCUAUUAGGAAUUCACUCAGCAGAUAUUACUCUAAAGAAAUUAAAUUUGGAGGUGAUGUUCGAGCAAAAAUGUUAUCUGGAGUUGAUAUUCUUGCUGAUGCUGUGUCAGUGACGAUGGGACCUUCCGGACGAAAUGUAGUAAUUGAGCAAUCUUGGGGAUCACCAAAAAUAACCAAGGAUGGUGUCACGGUAGCCAAAGCAAUUGAAUUGAAAGAUAAAUUUCAAAAUAUUGGUGCAAAACUUGUCCAAGAUGUAGCCAAUGCUACAAAUGAGGCUGCUGGUGAUGGUACAACAACUGCUACCGUUUUGGCUCGUGCUAUUGCCAAAGAAGGUUUCGAUAAAAUUUCAAAAGGAGCAAAUUCUACCGAAAUAAGGAAAGGAGUUAUUAUGGCAGUGGAAAAGGUCAUUGCAACACUGAAAGACCAAUCAAAAAAAGUAACCACCACUGAUGAAAUUAAACAAGUCGCUACAAUCUCAGCAAAUGGAGAUUUAACUGUCGGUAGUUUGAUCGCUGAGGCUAUGGAAAAGGUUGGAAAAGAUGGCGUGAUUACGGUAAAAGAUGGUAAAACAUUAUCCGAUGAACUUGAAGUCAUUGAAGGUCUUAAAUUUGAUCGAGGUUAUAUUUCACCAUAUUUUAUAACUUCACCUAAAGGAGCUAAAUGUGAAUUUGAGAAUUGUCUUGUUCUCAUUAGUGAAAAGAAAAUUUCCGCUGUUCAACCUUUGAUUCCAGCAUUAGAGAUGGCUAAUGCUCAAAGAAAACCAUUAUUGAUUAUUGCUGAGGAUGUUGAAGGUGAAGCUUUAACGACAUUGGUAUUGAAUCGAUUGAAAAUUGGUCUUCAAGUAUGUGCUGUGAAAGCACCAGGAUUUGGAGAUAAUAGAAAGAAUACCUUAAAAGAUAUUGCCGUUUCAACUGGAGCCACAGUUUUUGGUGAUGAAGCUAAUCUUACUAAAAUGGAAGAUAUUCAACCAACUGAUUUAGGUUUGAUUGGCGAAGUUACAGUCACAAAAGAUGAUUGUCUGCUACUUAAGGGUAAAGGUAAUAAAUCCGAGAUUGAUGGAAGAAUCGAACAGAUUAGGUUUGAAAUUGAAAAUACCAAUUCAGAAUAUGAGAAAGAAAAAUUAUCCGAACGAUUGGCUAGAUUAGCAAGUGGUGUCGGUGUUUUAAAAAUUGGUGGAUCUAGUGAAGUAGAGGUUAGUGAAAAAAAGGAUCGAGUAAAUGAUGCACUGAAUGCCACUAGAGCUGCUGUUGAAGAAGGUAUUGUUCCUGGUGGUGGAACAGCUCUCCUCAAAUCUAUCAAAGUACUUGAUGAUCUUAAACCUGUGAAUGACGAUCAAAAGACAGGAAUUGAAAUAGUACGAAAAGCCCUCAAGAUGCCAUGUACUCAAAUAGCAUUAAAUGCUGGCGUUGAUGCUUCAGUUGUUGUGCAAAAAGUUUUAGACUCAAGCGAUCCUAAUUUUGGUUAUGACGCUUUCCGUGGUGAAUUCACUGACAUGAUUUCCGCUGGUAUCAUUGAUCCAACAAAAGUCGUCCGAACUGCUUUAUCUGAUGCAUCUUCAGUCGCUUCACUUUUAACAACAGUUGAAGCAGUUAUUGUAGAAGCACCCAAAGAAGACAAAGCUGAUCCUAUGGCAGGCAUGGGAGGCAUGGGAGGAAUGGGUGGAAUGGGCGGUAUGGGUGGUAUGGGUGGUUUCUAGAUACCAUUAAAUCACCUAAACCAAACAUCACAAUUUAGCCGUUAUCCCGAUGCAUUUAUACUUGUUCCAAUAAACUGUAGUGCCACUUUACAUGUAAUAGUCAUUUUUUUACAUUUUCGUUCCUAUUGAUAAGUUGCACCAUUUAUAUUUCUUUCUGUAUUUCUAUUCAGCUGAACUAUAUUUUCAUCAUAUACAAAUAAAGUUUGUUUUCUAUUAGAA